AUGGCUGACAUGGUCAACGGCCGCCACUCGCCAAGUUCAGCCUCAGGCUCCACCUCGAGCAUGUCCGCGUUGGGCUCCGUGUCGACCUCGGCGGCAUCCGGCGUGGAGAGGGACGCUGCAUCCUCAGCAGCAGCUGUGCAGCCGCCGCCAUCCACCCCGUCGCAGCCGGUCAAACGCCGCCGCUAUGCACGACGAUCUUGCCUCACUUGUCGUUCCAAAAAGACUCGGUGCGAGCUGCCGGAUGAAGGCGUCCCAUCGUCUCAUGAUCCGUUGCCCGCGUACAAGGCCUGCCAUCGAUGUCGAGCGCUCGACAUUCCUUGCGUCGUAUGGGAUGGCGAUCGUAAACGCAAACCUCGCAUCGACUCCCCUCCUCGCGUCCACCUCUCAAGUCACGAUGCAAACACCGCCUUAGCCUAUCAUCGUCAACAUGAUCGCUACUUGGACAACACUUCGCCAUGGUAUAGCCAUCACGCUGGCCGGCCACAUGCGGAGGAGAAGCCUUACACUCAUCCUGCUUGGCAUUCACCUUCUGCCUCGAGAUUCGCGACCAAUCACCUCAGCCCUGGACGAGCCGACUUGUACAAGCGAUCUCGGCCCGCCUCGGAUCUAGCUCCUAAUGAAACAGCAUCCCGUCCUUCUCGCACUCAUUCAACAACAGGAGCAGCCACAUAUUCCAUCUCGUCUCCUUCGCCUGGCAACAUCGCACAGCAUGCCUCCACCACCGUUGAUGGCCACUACAACGCUGCUCUUUUCAUCAAUCCCGAGUCUUCCGAGUCUUUCACCAAGCUAAAGGUCACCGGCCACCAAAUUCCCAUCCUCUCCAACCAGUACAUGCACUCGCCCCUCGUAACUCUCAACCGCUUCAUCACCAAGACCCCGCCCUUCUCCCGCCUGCUCCGCCACGAGAUGGAUCGAUCCUUUGACGGACAACUGUCUGAUCUGCUCACAGACGAAAACAUGCACGAACUUCGGAAUCAUCUGCCACGGUUGCGCAUGUGGCAUCCACACGUUCCAGAUCUUGAUGCCCUCCGGACCACCUUUCACGAGCGUCCCAGCCCUUCGACUUCGCUUUUGCUCGCCACCAUCGCUUUCGUCGCCUCCAAGAUUGCCGGCGAUCGUCAUCUUGCCAAGCACUUUGCCACCCACGUCGACCGCAUCGGCCUCCAAGUGCUCAUCUCAGCGCCCAAGGAGCUUCAUGCCGCCCAAGCCUUUGAACUGCUCCUCUCACAUGGCCCUUCUCUCAUCGGCGCAAGUGUCGACAAUUCGGCCGCAGCCUCCAACAAUUCGUCCGGAUUUGGCGAGUCGCUCCAUGCGAGCGCUAUCUCGAUUGCCGAGGGUAUCGGCCUCGACCUGGUCAUGUCGCAAGCAUCGCAAAACAGCGUCGAGGCUGCUCAUGAUAAUCCCGAAGAUCUUGAGAAACUACUUUCCUACUUGCGGCGCUUCUCACUGUGGUGCAGCCUUUCCAUCUGGCGCUCCAAAUUUGUGUUUCUCAACUCGGUCGUGCGUCCCUACGACUUUUCUCGCCUUCGCCGCGAUGCAGAGCACGCCAUCUCGAUUGUUGACACGCUACGUCAACGCGACCCCGCGCCAGCCAAGACAUCCAAGGACGACAUCCUGUUUCGAGCUGGCAUCCUCACGCUCGCGUAUCGAGCCAUCCAAGUGGCCGACUUCCACGCUCGCCUUUCGCAGCUCGAGAUGCUUUGGAACAGCCGACCCCUCCUUUCCGAGGUCGAGGUUCGACACGAAGUGAGCAGCCGCUUCGAUCAAAGACUCGAAUUCCUCGAAUCUCUGCGCAAGAGCAAGCGACACAAGCUGUGGGUCAUGGCCAAUCUGGACGAGCUCAAGUUUCUGGAUCGCUGGAUUGACCUCGAAUUCGAAUCCGACUGGGUCUUUCUGUUCCAGAUCUUUAUGCGCAUGGUGUUGCCCGCCAACGAGGCCACUGGCACGGUGCUCGAUGUGUCGCGCUCGAUUGGGCGCGACGCCAGCCUGUCCCGCUUCAUGGUCGACGCGGGCAAGCGCAGCCAUCUUAACAACGAAAGGACCAUUGCAGCCUUUGGCGCCACUCCGCGCUUCGAAGGCGAAAAUCUCGAGCAGACUGGUCUGCCCUUGCUCUUGACCUGCGGCUACAUCCUGCACAUCAGCAUCUGUCUCAUGGAAAGUCUCAGUUUCGCCCAGUACUGCUCGCACGAGUCGAGCAUGCGAGAGGACGUGUUUGCGCUCCUGCUUUCCAAGCUCGCAGAGAGAUUCUGUGGAUUUGCGCAGUCCAAGGCUGAACAAAGUGAAAGCGUGGAAAAGCUCGUUGCGAGCAUGUUGGUGCAAAUGGUGCACCGCCUCGAAGAAUGCGACUACUACGCAGUCACCAAAAACAAAACGCAACCCACCGCACAGCCUCCAUCUUCAACCGACAUGACCUCGGAUCACGACCGUCGACGCUCUAGCGAGCAAUCUGGACAGCUGGCGCACGCGCCGAGUCAUACACGCUUCUCGACGCCGCCGCAGCAUUAUGACACAAGGACGUCGAGCGACUUAGGCGCGGCCCAUGGCACCAAGGAGAUGGUUGCGGAUCCCCAGCCGAUCCAUUGGCAGGACGCUUCGAGCGCUGGCCAGUCGCAUUCGUCGAGGCUCGCGUUGGGCAGCUUGAUCCACCCACAGUCAGAGCACACCCCCAGCGGCAAUUCGGCUGGCUCGAUGGGCAGCGACGACACCCGCAACACUGCUGCAGCACCGUUUGCCUCUACCAGUCGUCAGCAGACGCAGACGCUUCUAACUACGUCCGACGGCUGGGCGUCGGACAACAUGGCGCGCAUCAUGGACCAGAUCCUCUCGUGGGACUGCGUAGCAGAGAUGCUGUUUCCCAACGGUGCUUGA